AAACAAACUGGUCACUCUGUUGAUUGCAUUACAACUUUUUGUUAUUAAUAAUUAUAAAACAUUGUGAAGAAAAUAAAGCUAAUAUCGCAGUGGAUCUCAGUCCUGUCAACAUAAUAGCUUAAGGCACAUACUCAUUUAGUACUGGAACACAAUAACAGCUUGGAGAUCCAAUCAUGACGGAUUCAGAGAAAGUUGUGCAGGCUGAUACACAAUCCAGUGAAACUCCUAAAGCUGUAGAGCUAAGGGAAACUUUUUGGUACACCAUGGGUGAGCUAGUGGAGAUGGUAGUGUGUCCAGGAUGUGGGAUAUCAAUGGUUUCAUUUAAAAACCGUUUCUCCCACGUCAAGAAGUGUUUUAGCAUCAAGAGACGGGGUCCCCUGUACAGGAUUCAUGGAUAUGCCGAAUGCAAAUGCGGUUUACUCAUAGCCGACACAGCCAAGGCACAGAAACUUCAUUGUUGUUUGGGAAAACUGCGUCCUUGCAAACCAAUCAUACCAGCUGAACCGAAAAAACCUCCAGCUGAAUCACCACCUCCUGAAGAAUCAAUCUCCACGCCAAUCCAAAACGAUUCGGUCCAAGUCCUUCAACCAAAAAGUAAAACGUGGAUACAUAACUUCAUCACCCCAAUCAAACAAAAGGAUAUAUCCUUUCUAGAUAUUUCCUAUUCCAAUAAACCUCUACCGCAGCCAACGACAAAACCGCGAGUACGUAACUUUGAUCGACCAUCCCUAAAACAGGUUCCAAACGAAGUCUGUGUUUACUCCAUAAUUCGGAAGAAUGGAGUCAUCUCAGUAGCGGGAAGAUCCAUUUUGAAACGGAAAGGAAGUAAUGAAAACUUGGUCAUACUCAAAAAGCGAAGACUGCGACUACCCGCAAUCAAUCAAAUCGAAAAGGCGUGACGUUCGAUUUAUCAACAAUAUGUUUCAUAAUUAGUAAACUUAGCUGUAAGCCAUUACCUUGUCGAAUGUACUAUAUAUUUAAGAGACUUUUUCUUAAGAACUUCUACUUAGAAAUCGAAACAUUGUGAAUAUUUUAUUAUUCAGUUGCAGUGCACAAACUCUUUUUCAAAGUCUUAAUCUAACAAUUUAAUACUAUUUGAAAGACGUUGUAUUUCAGUUUUGAAGUAAAUAAUAUAUGUAGAUACUGCUAAGUUAUUAGACAAAUUUAUUUCUGUGUAUUCAAAUCUAAUGAAAUAAAAUAUAAUUUACUUUGUUAAA